CCCGACUUUGAAUGUGUGCAUUUCAACCCAGUGGCUGCUACUCUCCAUCAAGAAACAAGUCCAAGGCCAAGCUUGAUAUGUAAGAGAUCCGGCAUGCGCUUCCGGAGAGUGUACAAAACCAGCAGGUGUACCAAGAGAGAGCUGGUGCUCUUCCCGCUUUAUUAACCCCGGCCAACUCCGCCAUCACCAGAUUUGCAAGAACUUUAUAACCUGGCUCUUUUUCAACGCCUUGAUACCCUUAUCAGGGUCAUCCCACAAGUAGACUAUCUCCUGUUUCUUAUGACUCAAUAAUCCUUCCUCCCCUCUUCCGCGAUAAUCUGGCCCACCACCAACAGCAUCAUGACAGAGGACAUUAAAGAGCUAGCUCGGGAGUGGCUAGAACUCGACGAGGAUGAAACCACAACCGACGAGAUACACAAACUGCUAAUUCGUGGCGAUACCAGUGAGCUCGAAAAGCGACUGCGGACUCGCAUUGCGUUUGGAACUGCUGGGCUCAGAGGGCCCAUGCAGGCCGGCUUCGCGUGUAUGAACUCCCUAACAGUCAUCCAAGCAUCCCAGGGAUUGGCGGCAUACCUCUUGAAGACUGAGCAGCACGUCAAGGCAAGAGGCGUAGUAAUUGGCCGGGAUGCACGUCACAAUUCAGAAAAGUUCGCCAAGCUCACCGCAGCAGCCUUUGUCGCAAAGGGAAUCAAAGUGUGGUGGUAUGAAGAUCCUACACAUACACCCCUUGUUCCUUUCGGUCUGCGGGAGUUGGGUGCCGCCGCUGGUGUCAUGAUUACGGCAAGCCAUAAUCCAGCCCAGGACAAUGGAUACAAGGUGUACUGGUCAAACGGGUGCCAGAUCAUUCCUCCUCACGACAGCGGGAUUGCCGAGUCUAUACUAGAGAACCUGAAGCCAGUCAGCUGGGACACAUCCGCUGUGGACGAGAGUCUUCUCGUGGAAGGCGCUUUAGGGCUGGUUAAUGACAAGUACCACAAGGUGAUCCUCCAUGCAGCACAGCCUGGGCGCGUCCAGGUCAAGAUGAACCCGGAUAUUAAGUUUGUGUACACACCCAUGCAUGGUGUUGGUCUCGUUGCGAUGAGGCAAUGCACGGAGACGCUGGGUAUUGCUUCCCAGAUGACUGUUGUGAAAGAGCAAGCUGAGCCUGAUCCCGACUUUCCAACCGUCAAAUUUCCAAACCCAGAAGAGAAGGGGGCGCUCGAUCUUGCCAUGCAGACAGCAGACAAGGCAUCGAUACGCUUGAUUCUGGCUAGCGAUCCAGACGCGGAUCGUCUGGCGGCAGCAGAGAGGGUUGACGACAGAUGGCACAUAUUCACUGGAAAUCAGCUUGGAGUACUGAUCGGCUCAUACCUCUACGAACGAUACCCGGCUUCCAAGCCUCGAUAUGACCUCGCCAUGCUAGCAUCGACAGUCAGCUCCAGGAUGCUAGCGGCGUUGGCCAAAAAAGAGGGAUUUCACUUCACAGAAACAUUGACGGGCUUCAAAUGGCUCGGAAAUGUGGCGCGCCAGCUCGAAAGCCAAGGUUACGACGUCGUUUACGCGUUCGAAGAAGCGCUGGGUUACAUGAUACCUCAAACCGUACACGACAAGGACUCGAUCAGCGCAGCAGCCAUCUUCCUCACAGCCGCGUCACACUGGUCCACGCAGGGCCUCACACCAUUCGCUAAACUUCAGCAGCUCUACGAGUACCUAGGAUACUUUGAGGACGCGAAUACAUACCUCGUAUCGCCAUCGGCAGCGGUAACGACAAGCGUAUUCACGGCGAUUCGCGCAUUGGGCAACCCACACCCCAGCACCAUCGGACCCCGCAAGAUCGUGCGUUGGCGAGAUCUGACCCUGGGCUAUGACUCAAAGAGCGAGGACCACAUACCAGAUCUGCCGGUGGAUGCGACUAGCCAGAUGAUCACCUGUGAGCUGGACGAUGGGGCGGUAUUCACAGUCAGAGGGAGCGGGACUGAACCCAAGAUUAAGCUCUACAUUGAGUGCCAAGGAAAGAGCAGCGAAGAGGCCAAGAAGGGAGCUAAUGGGAUAUUGGGAGAUCUGCUACGAGAGUGGUUCAAGCCGGAGGAGAACGGGCUGAAGCUUGCGUGAGGUGGACAAAAGUACUUGAUGAGUAUAGACUUUAGACUUGGUGGGGGCAUGAGCAUGUACUGGAGUUCUCAAACAGAGCACAAUAGAUACGCACCUGCAUCUUGAGCUGGGUUGUAGCCGCCGAGAAGGUUACAUGAUGUUACACGACUUUUCUUCAACAACGUCUCUCGGGUAACACCAAGAUUGUCGCCGAUGGAGGUCGUCACUCUGAUACGUACUACUCGUCGCGUUCCCAUGAUGUGGUAGAAGUAGUAUUGCCUCGUGUUCCAGAUACGCGCACCUUGAUAAUCAGUCGGCCAUGUAACCGGUGUGGGGCGCUGCAUGUCAAGGCCUCGAGAGGUGAUCUAUC